ACAGCACUGUUAAAAAUGGUGGUGAGGGAGGUGUAGGCUGUGUAGAAGCACCGCUGCUGCUGCUCCAUUUCUACCCUCCAUCCAUUAACUCCAUUGUCCCCCACCAGAGCUCGAACCUUGCUAUUUAUUGCGUCUGCAUCACGUUGUGUUACUGCCUUAGCAUUUCCUCUUCAUGGAUCUCCUUCCUCUUCUUCUUCUUCUUCUUCUUCAUCUGGUGGUGCAUUGCAGCACUGCUCAGCCUUCCCCUGGCUACUUCCCCAGCUACCGGUACCGGCCGCUCAGGGGCUUCUACCGCGGGUUCAACAACCUGUGGGGCCCGGAGCACCAGAUCGUCGCCGGAGACCAGCGUUCCGUCACCAUUUGGCUCGACAGCCACUCAGGGAGCGGAUUCAAAUCCAUCAAGCCGUUUCGAAACGGAUAUUUCAGCGCGUCGAUCAAGCUUCAGCCUGGGUACACCGCCGGAGUGAACACCGCCUUCUACCUCUCGAACAACCAAGCGCAUCCCGGAUUUCACGACGAGGUGGACAUCGAGUUCCUGGGGACGACGCCCGGGAAGCCGUACACGUUGCAGACGAACGUGUACGUGAGAGGAAGCGGCGACGGCACGGUCAUCGGCAGGGAGAUGAAGUUCCACCUCUGGUUCGAUCCCACGGCCGGCUUCCACCACUACGCCAUUCUCUGGAAUCCAAAUGAGAUCGUGUUCUUCGUCGACGACGUACCCAUCCGGCGGUACCCGCGGAGGAACGCCGGCACGUACCCGAUGAGGCCGAUGUGGCUGUACGGAUCCAUCUGGGACGCGUCCUCGUGGGCCACGGAGGACGGCAAGUACAAGGCGGACUACCGGUACCAGCCGUUCGUGGCGCGGUUCACACGGUUCACCCUCCACGGCUGCUCAGCCUUCGCGCCGCCGGGCUGCCUCCCAGUUCCGCCGUCGGGGAGCGGCGCCGCCGGGCUCAGCCCGCGCCAGAACGCGGCGAUGCAGUGGGCUCAGAAGAACUACAUGGUCUACAACUACUGCAGCGAUCCAAAGAGAGAUCGUUCCUUCAUCCCUGAAUGCCGAUCCUGAAAAAGAAGGAUGUAAUUAACUAUUAUUAUUAUUAUUAUCAUCCGCCAUUGUCAGCUUCUUCAAGCUGUAAGCGAUGGAGAAAAUAAAAAAGGAGAGAAAUUCAAAGGUAAAGUAAGAAAAGUGCAGAGUAAUAGAGUAUAAUGUUAGGGUUCCUGUUGUCUUCUUCUUCUGUUGUCAUUUCUCAGUGUCUGACUGUUGGCUUGGUGCUCCAAUCUAAAUAUUCUACCGUAUCAGAGAAUGAAAAAGGAUGGAAGCUUUUUGAUCGA